AUGAACCAUGGGGACGAUAUACAGAAUGGAGUUGGACUUAGCAAACGACAACGAUUAUUGAACAUUAUGCGGACUACAAGAGACGUUUAUGUCCCGACAGUUGCUACUACUUUGUCACAAUUGAAAUCGGAAGCCGGUAGUACACUCAAGAAUUAUUAUGAACAUUCUGGCAGCACUACCACCGGAAACGGUGGGUCGUUGCCGCCCAAAUGGCCUGUCGGCAUGCGAACUAUAGUGUUCCCGUCAUACACAAGAGUUCUUGAGGAAAACCGUUUUGAAAGUCAUAUAAGAGGCGUCGUUUAUACGCCAGGAUUGAAUAGCCGAAAAUCAAGACUACUUUUAUCAGUUUGCAGACAGCUUGUGCGUCCCAGAUCGACUGCGGACAAAGCGUUGGCCGAAGAGCAAUUUGAAGCGCAGCUUGAAGAUUCUCAGUCGUCGCUUGACAGUUCAUCUACUUCCUCAUCGUCACAGAUCGGUGCAAAAGAUGAAGAAACUUUGCGAACUAGAAUUGCCGGUUUCUUGUACAAAUACAUCACAGGCGUACCUAUUGACAUUAAAUUAUCGGACGGUGCAAAUCCAGACGUGGUAGCGCACGCAAGAACAGACAGCUGGGGGAAUUACGAUAUUAAAAUUACUACAGAUUUUGAACCCUCUGACAUUAAAGUCGCAAUCGACAUAACUGAUGGUGAUACCGUUUCGUGUCCUGUCAAUCACGUCCAGAAUAGUGGCGUUGCUUUAAUAAGUGAUAUCGACGAUACAAUCAAGCAUACAGGGGUUACUGGAGAUAAAAGAUCCAUUUUUUGCAACGUUUUUGUCAAUGAUUUUGCCACAUGGACAAUUCCCGGAAUGUCUCUAUGGUAUAACACGCUUAGGGACUCGGAAGGCGUUGACUUUUUUUAUGUGUCGAAUGCACCCUAUCAAAUAUAUCCCAUUUUGCAAGACUACAUUUCCAAGCAAUUUCCUUCGGGUCCUUUGUUUCUCAAGCAAUAUUCUGGCAAUUUGUUAUCGAGUUUGAUGACUUCGAGUGCUAAGAGGAAGAUCGGAUCGAUUAUAAGCAUUAUUAAAGAUUUCCCAGCAAAGAAAUUUAUUCUUGUAGGAGACUCUGGCGAACGAGAUUUAGAAGCUUAUACAGAAGCUGCCAAACUUUUCCCAGAUCAGAUCAUCGGUAUUUAUAUCCGAUGUUGCAAAGAUUCUAUGAGUGACUUCGCAGCCAAUAGUCUUGAAGUCAUGAAGGAGUUGAAUCACUUGAUUCAAACCAAGUAUCUUUCAGAAAUGUAUCCAGAUGACAUUCAAAACUUGUGCGACAAAAGUGCUAAUUCGUUAAACUCGCCUAGCGUCGCGAAAUCCGCGACAAACCAAAGCGAAGUUGAGCAAGCCUCUAAACGAGCCCCUGAGAUCCCUGCGAGAAAGCCAGAACUUACGCGUGAACAACUCAAAACAAUUUAUGACUCACGAAAGCCCUUUUCUUUGGUGUCCGGCACACCACCUCCUCCUCCGCCGAGAAAAAAGACUAGGUCCAAAAUAUAUGAAACUUACUCACCACUUUCUAUCGGUGCUACUAACGAUGAAACUGUGUAUUGCACGCCUUCGUCACAGAAUGAUUAUGGAGCGUACUCUUCUUUCUUUGAUUCCAGAGCCGAUUCUUGGCGAGGGCGCGUGUUAACGUCCAUUUUAGAACUUAAGGAAUGUGGUGUCAAGGCAAGAUUCAUGUUCUUUUCAGAACCUGAAGUUUGCCUAGAAGACAGUUUUUACGUCAUCAGGAAAGGACAGCUAACAAAAUAUAAUGGAAACCCAGAAACUACAAUGUCCAGCUAA